AUGGCUGCAUGCAGCAGAACCAGGGCUGGCUCAGAAAACCCUCCUGGGGUUCUGCAAACCACCGUGGGCCGUGAGGGGAGCGGGGUGACAGGGCCUGGGGGAUGCUCACCUGGGGCCCGGCCUCUGCCAACCCAACAGUCAGCCAGGCUCACCCACUGGCUGGCCACCGAUGGGCAGUGCCCGCCUGUUCCUGCCCUCCUCUGCCUCUCCUGCCCUUCUCUUCCUGUUCCUGCCUGCUCCUGCCUGUUCCUGCCUGCUUCUACUCUCCUCUCCCUGUUCCUGCCUGCUCCUGCCCUCCUCUCCCUGUUCCUGCCUGCUUCUACUCUCCUCUCCCUGUUCCUGUCUGCUCCUGCCCUCCUCUCCCUGUUCCUGCCUGCUCCUGCCCUCCUCUCCCUGUUCCCGCCUGUUCCUGCCCUCCUCUCCCUGUUCCUGCCUGCUUCUACUCUCCUCUCCCUGUUCCUGUCUGCUCCUGCCCUCCUCUCCCUGUUCCUGCCUGCUCCUGCCCUCCUCUCCCUGUUCCUGCCUGCUCCUGCCCUCCUCUCCCUGUUCCUGCCUGCUUCUACUCUCCUCUCCCUGUUCCUGUCUGCUCCUGCCCUCCUCUCCCUGUUCCUGCCUGUUCCUGCCCUCCUCUCCCUGUUCCUGCCUGUUCCUGCCCUCCUCUCCCUGUUCCUGCCUGCUUCUACUCUCCUCUCCCUGUUCCUGCCUGCUCCUGCCCUCUUCUCUCUGUUCCUGCCCUCCUCUCCCUGUUCCUCCCUGCUCCCGCCCUCCUCUCCCUGCUCCUGCCCGUUCCUGCCUGUUCCUGCCCUCCUCUUCCUGUUCCUGCCCUCCUCUGCCUGCUCCUGCCUGUUCCUGACUGCUCCUGCCCUCCUCUCCCUGUUCCUCCCUGUUCCUGCCCUCCUCUUCCUUCUCCUGCCCUCCUCUCCCUGUUCCUGCCUGCUCCUACUCUCCUCUCCCUGUUCCUGCCUGCUCCUGCCCUCCUCUCCCUGCUCCUGCCCUCCUCUGCCUGCUCCUGCCUGUUCCUGACUGCUCCUACCCUCCUCUCCCUGUUCCUCCCUCCUCCCGCCCUCCUCUCCCUGCUCCUGCCCGUUCCUGCCUGUUCCUGCCCUCCUCUUCCUUCUCCCGCCCUCCUCUCCCUGCU